AUGCUCGAAUUGAACGAUCCAAGAGUUGCCAUUCUCAAGGAAUGGAUUAAGGUCGCUUUCUCUUCAGUUUCGAAACAGGGAGAGAGUGCUCUGGAUAUCCUUCAUAUGGAUGAGAGCGUUGCAAACUUUUUGGACGGGAACGAAUCGUUUUUGGAAGUUUGCUUGCUUGAAAACAAUAAGUUGAAAAUUUCAAACAGAGUGUCGGGAGUCGAUUACGUGAACGAAAUACACUUUAUGAAGCGAUCUGAGGCUCCAAUUAAUUCUGUAGAGGAAAUGAAAAUGGAUAGCAAAGAAAACAAUGUCAAAAUUGGGUCCUUGUCAAACGAUCUGUCGACAGGGGUUGACCUAUUGCAAAUGCUCCAAAAGGUAUAUGGACCAUUACUAGCAAGUUCCAACAACUCUCGCAACAAUCCCUCUAUUCAAAAUUUAAUGAACCAACUUGAAAUGGGGCUUCAAUCACUUGUACAAAAACAAUCCUCAGAAACCAUUAGAGAAGCUGAAGAAAGAGAACAAUAUUUCUUUUUAACUCCUCAAGAAGAAUUUCAAUACUGGAGAGACAUGAGCUCAAGAAGUGAGCAAGCACAACAAAUUAAUGAAAUUCUUGAACAAAAAAACUUGCUCUCAGACUUUUCGAGUUUACACCAAAAAAAUUUAGAUGACUUGAUUGGUGAGUGUGGGCUGAUUGACAAAGUCAAGGAUGCUUUAGAUUCGUUGUGGGUAGAUGUCUUCGACCCGAAGCCAUAUCCCGAAGCAAGAAUGAGACAUUUAAUAGAAGUCAUUGGUAGUUCGCUAGGAAGGUUCAUUCAAAUGAAGCUUGGACAAGUAGAUAUUUGGCGAGAUGAUUAUUUAUCUGUAAAGAAAAAGCUUGACUCUUCCAUUGAAACAUGUUUUCAUUGGACAAAAAGCGUUGAUGAUUUGAUUGCUCUUUGGACCGUAGACGGAAAUCACAAGUGGAAAGGUGGAAAUUUUAAAGAUUUAUUUAUUCAACAACUACUUCAUCGCUUAGAAGAAAUUGAAAGAAUCCGAAGUAGUUAUGAACAACUUGCAAAUAACUUAUCAUCAGAGGAAUGUUGUAAACUUGAUUGCUUUUCUCCUUUUUCUGGAUUGAACCCACUCUAUAUCACACCAUACGCCGAACAAUCAUGGAAUUCUGCAGUAUUCAGAUUUGAAGAAAUGAUUCAGCCACUCGAAAAGAGAAUUUCUGAAAAGUUGAGGACCAAGUUGUCUGCAUUGUCUUCAAAACCUCUACUCUUAUUACUAGAGUUUGACAAAAAUAGAGAUUUGAUUAGACGAGAGAACAUCAAAAGAGAACUCACUCAAGAACGGUCAACUCUGUUAGGACAACUACGUUCUCAUGUUCAAACUUUGAAGGCCGAGUUGGAUAAUCAGAAGUAUGACAAAAAUAAUGCUACUAAUGAUAUUGUUUCAAGAAUUGUUUCAGUUAAACAAAUUGAGGAAAAGUUAAAGUCUACUGUGAUAACGAUAACCACUUUUUUGGACGAUUUGACUGAAUCGCAAAAACUACAAGAACAAUGUGGAUCAAUUCAGAUGGAAGUAGAAAAUUUUAUCAACUCGGAAAAAACAAAAUGGGAAAGAGAAGUUGAAAAGUCAAAGGACGAAUUAUCUCUCAAAGGCUCCAUGAUAAGCUUGGAUAAAAAUAAGAAAAUGGUUGUAAAUUAUAAUGAGAGACUUAUUUCGCUACUACGAGAGGUUAGACAACUCUCUGUAUUAGGUUUUGGUAUUUCUCAAGGAGUUCAAAAAUUGGCUGAGGAAGCAAAGGAUUUUUAUACACAAGCUAUUGCAUUGAAACAGAUUGCAAACUUUUAUAAUAAUGUACACACACAAGUAAUCAAGAGUCAAUCAAGCAUGCUGAUAGAUGCCGCUUCCAAUUUUGAGAGAGUCAUAUUUGAGUUCCAAAAAGAAGACAAGUCCUGGAGCAAAGCGAAUGGAGAAAAGUAUAUAGCCAAACUGAAAAAUGCUGCUGAGCAGUUUACUUCCGAAAACAGAAAAUUGAGAAAGUAUCACAUUCUGAUCGGUGAUAAAGUCUCUCAACUUAUGAAUAUUGACCUAUUAAGAGAAAAGGAAGUAUGGACAGGCAAAGUUACAGAAAUUGCUAAAAUAUUCUCGUUCCUCAAAACACAAAAUUACUCAAAUAUGGAAAGCUGGAAAACACAUUGGGAUUACAACAUUUACAAGGCUCUUGACUAUCAAUAUAAGGUGGGCUUGGAAACUUUGAAUGAACAACUACCAGAGCUCAAAUGUGAGCUUGUUUUUAAAGAUAAGAGAGUUCAAUUCUCUCCAAGUUUUGAGAAAAUCAAACAGACUUAUUACGAAAAGAUGAGAGAUUUUAUUGCCUUUCCUGUUGUUUUUAGAGGAUUGAGUGACACAGAUAUUUUCAAAAAUAUCACUUAUACCAACAAUGAAGGUAUUAAGACAGUUUACCACAAGGCUACUCUACUUUUUACACGGUUGGCUAAAGUUAAAAAACGUUUUUCUGAGUUUGUAAUACUUGGUAUGGUUGAAAACGAGCUUGAAGACAUAGCCACAGACAAUUUGAAUGAAACAUAUCAUUGGGAGGCAAACUUCAGGAUGAUCAAAGAGAAAGGAAAGGAAAUCGAGCGUCUCGAAAACGUGAUUCGUAUUGAUUGUAUUUCGGUGUCCACUGAGAACAUCAAAGAAACUCUACAAGACCAGCUUCAAAAAUUGGGAGAUUUACUGGUCAAAACCUUGAGAACCAAGACUCAAAAGCAUAUGGACGUAAUUGAGCAGUUCAUUAAUCAAGCGUUAGAAAAUUUGGUUAAAGAUCCACAAUCUAUGGAUGAAAUCGGAAAAUCACAUGCUGCAUGUCGAAGAAUCAGUGAGGAGAAGUCAAUAUUUUACACUGAGUUCGAUAACUUCGAGAAAAAGAACAGGUUGUUGAGAAGCGUCGCCGGUGUAGCCCUAGACGGAACAUAUAUCAAAGAAAAGUGGAAUGAUUUUGAUGAUAAUCUCCAAGCACAUGAAGUCUACUUAAAAGACCGAACAAGUAAUCUACAAAAAGAAGUUGAAUCGAAAUUACUCUCAUUUAAAACAGAACUUUCCAAGUUUGCUAACAAGUGGCACGAAUUGAAGCCUAAAGAUAAUAGUUUUGUUGAUGCAUCAACGUCAAAGAAGCAAAUAUCGUUUAUCAAAGAGAAGCGAGAAGCAUUUCAAGAACUCAGAAAGAGAGGGGAAGAAAUUUUAACUGAAUGUACAUAUUUUGGAGUGAUUACUCAGUCUCCAAAAGAAAUUUCUGAGAUUGAUGAAGAUAUUGGAAAAUUUGAAAAGAUUUGGGGUAUUUACGAAAAAUUCAUCAGCGAUCUUGAAAAAUUAACUUCCCAAGAGUGGUUUACAUUUAAGAAACAAAUAUUUACUUUCGAAGAUUUUGUAAUGGAUUGGAUUAAUGACUUGAAAGAGAAAGAAAAGAACAGCAUCACAAUUUAUAUAAGAGAAGAGAUUGAAAAGUAUAGUCAAUUCAAAGACUAUCUCAAAUUCAUUACUGGGGAUGGAUGGCAACCAGAACAUUGGGACACCUUUUUCCGACUUAUUAGUUUGGAGAAAGUAACAGUUGAAGAAUUGAAAUUUGGCCAUCUACUUCCAAAAGCUUCUAUCAUUAUUGAAAAAAUCAACAACAUUAAAGAGUUGAGCUCUAGAGCAGUUGGAGAGCAACAAAUUAGAGACGCUCUAAAUGAGCUCAAAGCGUGGGGACUUUCAACAGAGUUUUCAACCUUUGAAUACAAGGGAACUCAAAAGACUUUACAACUCAUCAAAGAUUGGAAAGAGUUAUUGACACAAAUAGGAGACAAUCAAUCAUUAAUACAAUCUAUCAAGGAUUCUCAAUGGGCAGAUCCAUUUAUUGAAGAGAUACGAUCAUGGGAGCAAAAGCUUACAAAUUUAGCUGAUUUUAUUGACUUUUUGAUGAAUAUUCAAAGAAAGUGGUUAUAUUUGGAACCAAUAUUUUCACGAGGAUCGUUACCAUCUGAGCAACAACGGUUCAAUCGUAUUGACAAGGACUACAUUGAUAUAAUCCAUAGCAUCAACGAUAAGGGAACCAUUGGAAAGAGAGUUGUUAUGUUGGAAAGAAUUAUUGGUUUAAAGGAUAGGCUUAAGAAUAUUUCUGAAGGUUUAGACGUUUGCCAAAAAGCUCUCAACAAGUUCUUGGAAGAAAAAAGAAGUGCAUAUCCAAGAUUUUAUUUUAUUGGAGACUCUGAUCUAUUAGAAAUUCUAGGCCAAGCUCAAAAUCCAGCAGUAAUUCAAACUCACUUAAAAAAACUCUAUGCAGGAAUUUACAAGGUGCAGUUUAAUAAGGAACAGGAUGCAAUUAUAGCUAUGUGCAGCUCUAAAGGUGAGGUUGUCCAAUUGAAGGAGCCAGUUAAAAUUACAGACAAAGUAGAACAAUGGUUAUCUAGCUUAGAUCAACAAAUGUUCAAAACUCUUGAGCAACUUUUGAUUGAAUGCGACAAGUCAAAAGAUUUUGAUAUUGACGCUUUUCCAUCUCAAAUUCUUUGCCUCCAAGAAAGUAUCAAUUUUACCAGAAAAUGCGAGCAAGCAAUCCAAAACAAAACUCUGCAACAACUUCUAACAAGUCUGAAAAACCAGUUACAUCAAUUUACGGCGAUCAAUGCAAAGGAUGACGAGGUCAUUUCCAUGAAAGUGAAAGCACUGAUUUUGGACAUAAUUCACAACAUUGAUGUUGUUGAAGCUUUAAUCAAAGCCAAUGUAACUUCUGUGACACACUGGGUUUGGCAGAAACAACUUCGAUUCUACAUUGAGAAUGGAAAAUGCGUGAUCAGAAUGAGCAAUGCUAAAUUUGAUUACACAUAUGAAUAUCAAGGAAAUGUUGCCAAGCUUGUUCAUACCCCACUCACAGACAAAUGUUACUUGACAUUAACACAAGGAAUGCUGUUAGGAUAUGGUGGCAACCCUUACGGACCUGCAGGAACAGGAAAGACUGAAAGUGUGAAAGCUUUAGGACAUUUAUUUGGACGUCAGGUACUUGUUUUCAAUUGUGACGAAGGCAUUGAUUUUAAUAGUAUGGGUAGAAUAUUUAUUGGUUUGGUAAAAUGCGGAGCUUGGGGUUGCUUCGACGAAUUUAACAGAUUGAAGCCUGAUCAACUGUCAGCAAUUUCUCAACAAAUUCAAUUAAUUCAAGUUGCAAUUAAGGAAAAAUCAACCAAACCAAUCGAAUUACUUGGCAACAAGGUAAAUGUGAAUUUGAACGCAGGUAUUUUUGUGACACUCAAUCCUGCAGGAAAAGGGUAUGGAGGCAGAAGCCAACUUCCAGACAACUUGAAACAACUCUUUAGAUCUGUGGCUAUGGCUGCACCUGAUAACGAGCUUAUUUCUGAAGUGAUUUUACUUUCUGAGGGCUUCCAACAUGCUAAAUACUUGGGAACAAAAAUUGUAAGCGUUUUUCAACUCAGCAAACAAUUAUUGAGUACACAACAGCACUACGAUUGGGGAUUACGUUCUCUGAAAACCAUUUUGAAUAUUGGUGGAUCCCAAAUCAGACAGGCAAGAAAACACACAGAAAAUAUUAGCAAGGAGGCUGAGGCUCAAAUUGUGAUCAAGGCACUCCGUGUAAACACUCUUUCAAAGCUUACUCACAAAGACGCCGUGUUAUUCAACGGAAUCAUCAAGGACGUGUUUCCAGGAAUUGAUUCUCCUGAUAUCUCCUACAUUGAGCUUGAAAAAUCAAUUAAGGACGUUAUGAACGAAAUGGGACUUGUUCCAAUACCAAACAUGAUCAAGAAAAUUGUACAAUUUUAUGAAGCUUGCAAACAAAGGAUGGGAGUUGUUUUGGUUGGACCAAGUGGAUCUGGUAAAAGCGUUAUUUGGCAUGUGCUUUCAGAGGCUCUAAAAAAGAUGAACCAAAAGAUGAAAACCUAUGUCGUUAAUCCAAAGGCCAUGCCAAGACAUCAACUAUUGGGCCACAUGGAUAUGGACACAAGAGAAUGGUUUGAUGGUAUCAUUACAGCCAACUCUAGAAAUAUACUCAAAGAAGAGCCAGAUGUCAUGUCAUGGAUGAUUUGUGACGGUGAUAUUGAUCCAGAAUGGGUAGAAUCCUUAAAUUCUGUGUUGGAUGACAACCAUUUGCUGACAAUGCCUUCCGGAGAAAGAAUUCAAUUUGGUUCUAAUGUCAACUUUAUCUUUGAAACUCACAGUCUAAAAUUCGCAUCUCCUGCAACAGUUAGUAGAAUGGGUGUCAUAUUCCUUUCAGAUAAUGAUGUGGAUUUAAAGAGUUUUGUUAGUGCAUGGAUGAAUAGUCAUGAAAAUUUAAGCGAUAAUAUCAGGUCCUUGAUCGAUAAUUAUUUCUACUCAGCCCUUGAAAUAAUAUUCAAUGUUGACAAAUCAGAGUUCAUCAUUGAGACUACCAACAUGGGUAUAAUCAUGAAUGGAUUGUCGCAUAUUUCUACAGAUAUUUCUAGCAAAGGCGAAUUUGCAUGUGCACUUGUUCGUGGUUUAGGUGCCUCUCUCAAUAUCAAAGCAAGAGAAAAGUUGGCAAAAGAUAUUUACACUUUGUGUGGUGAAAGUGGAGUCGACUUGAGAAGACCACUUGAUUAUUAUUAUUCCAAGGAAGAUUCAUGCUUUACCCAAUAUUCAUUCAAUGAGUCUGGAGAUGUUAGUUUUGACAAUGUUCAAAGUUGUCCUAUGAUACGAACAGUAGACGUUCAAAGAACCACACAUAUCAUUUACCCUUGGCUGCAAAAUAUGGAACCAUUUAUUUUAUUAGCUCCAGAAGGCGCAGGCAAGGGUAUGCUUUUGGAAAAUCUUUUCCUUGAUCUACCUUCCGUUCAAAUUGCUAGGAUUCACUGUAAUUCGCAAACAAAUGAGAGUCAUGUAAUCCAAAAGCUAAAUCAAACAUGUACCGUGUUUACUACUAACAACGGUAGGGUUUUGCGACCAAAGGAAGGAGAACGGUUGAUCCUCUACUUAAAGGACAUUAAUCUACCAUGUCCUGACAAGUAUGGAACUACUCAAUUGAUUUCAUUUUUGCAACAAUUAAUUACAUACAAUGGAUAUUAUGACGAAGAAUUGAAAUGGAUCGGAUUAGAAAGAAUUCAAAUUGUAGCUUCAAUGAAUCCUGCUACCACUGUUGGAAGAUAUGAUCUUACCAGCAGAUUUACUUCGAUUGUAAGAACAGCAUACAUGUCCUACACAGACAAACAACAAUUGAAACAAAUUGUUUUUACAUACCUCAAAGCUGCUCUUUCUAAAGACUUUUCUGGACAUACUAUUUGGAAGCAAAGCCAAAAUAUUGAUUUGUUAACAGACGUUAUGAUCGAACUUUAUGAUAAUGUGACCAAGAAAUUUACAGUGGACGAAUUUGCUCACUACCAAUUUACACCAAGAGACUUGAUAAGAUGGAUUUUAGGGUUGUCUAACUUUAGCAUUCCAUCAACAAGUAAUAGAUGUACAGAGUUGCUGGAUGCAUGGACCUACGAGGCAAGAAGAAUAUUCAGAGAUAAAUUGGUGAAAGAUGUAACUUCAUUUGACACAAUGGAAUCGGCUAUUCACAUGAAAUUAGAAAGUAUUGGAUAUUCUCCUAAAAUGUUGGGUAAAAUUUUAUUCACAAGCCUCGCAACAACAGACAAAAAGAAAAUACUUUGCCCUGCAAAAACUCUUGAAUUUGGUAACUUUUUGGGAUAUUCGGGAACUGCUAAAAGAAGUACUUUGAAGAAGACUGCUAUACAAAGCUUUGAAAGAGAAAAUAGACCGUUGAGACUAUUCUUUGUUCCUGAAAUUGUAGAAUAUGUUGCCAUGAUUGAUAGAGUGUUGUGUAGAGAUGGAAGUUCAUUACUUCUGGUUACCAAACCAGGCAUUGGAACAAGCGAUAUUGUUGCUUUGGUUUGUCAUCUCUUGAAAUUUGAACUCUAUUCACCAAAGAUGGUCGUUGGUUAUUCAGUCAAGCAUUUCAAGAACGAUAUCAAAGCAGUCAUACAAAAGGCAGCUCAAAAUGAAAAAGUAUGCCUGCUACUAGAAGACCAUAACAUGAGAGAAUUAGCCUUGCUUGAAUAUGUCAACAGUCUUUUAAGCUCUGGAGAAAUUCCAGGCUUGUUUUCCAAGGAAGAGCUAGAAAUCAUACUUUCAACGAUUAGAGAUGAAGGAAAUCAGCCUAGCACAGCAUAUAAUUCGUUUAUUAAGAGAGUGACCAAUAAUUUGCGAGUAAUUUUAGUUAUGGACCCUGAUAACAAAGACUUUGACCUAAAAUGUAGGUCUAAUCCAGCUAUCUUUACAAAAUGCUCCAUUAUUUGGAAAGAUUCCUGGUCAAGCGAAGGAAUUCAACAGAUUCCCAAGAUGAUAGUUGAUGAAAACGACCUGAAGUCUCUUUCUUUAAAGAGCGACGAGUUUUUACAAUUAUUUGUCCAUAUACAUGACAUUAGCAAGGAUAGAGGAGCGACACCUCUGCACUUUGUUAACUUUAUUGAUACCUUCAACAUCACACUCCAAAAGAAGAGGACAGUGAAGCAAGAGCAACAAGAUCACUUACACAAAGGUCUUUCCAAGCUGAAAGAAGCGUCCAAGAGCGUUGAUGAAUUAUCCAAGAAAGCUGAACAGCAAAAGAUUCAACUGAACGAAAAACAAGAACAGAAGAAAGUAGCUCUCGUAGAAAUCCAAAAGAGCAUGCAAGAAUCUGUGAAAGAACAAAGCGAUAUUGAGAAAUUAAAAGAGAAGAUGAAGGAAGAGGAUUUGAAACUAAACCAAAAGAAAGAGAUUAUCAAUUCCAAACUUAGUUCGAUAGAGCCGUUACUUGAUAGUGCUAAACAAGCCGUUGCUGCUCUGAGUCCAAAAGAAAUUUCUGAAAUCAAAAGUCUUGCUCAACCUCCAGUCACUAUUAGACAAAUUAUGGAAGGUGUGGUGAGAUUGAUGGGUCAGAAAGACUACUCUUGGAAAGGAAUUCAGAACUUCUUGAAUCGUAUGGGUGUCAAAGAACAAAUUAUGGGCUUUAAUGCUGAAUCUGUGGACAAGAAAACACUCGAAGACGUAAAAAAAUAUGUUAAUGGAGAAGGUGCUGAAUCAUUCCAACCUGAGGUUGCUGCCAGAAGCAGUAAAUCUGCGCUUCCUCUUGCUAAAUGGGUGAAAGCAAACAUUGAAUAUGCUGAAGUUCUUCAACAAGUAGGACCUCUUAAGAGAGAAAUGGAAGUUCUUGAAAAAUCUCAAGAUUUGUUGAAUCAACAACUUUCUCAAUGUGAAGCAAAACUCAACGCGCUCAAUGAAAAAGUAAAAUCAUUGCAGGACGAGUAUGAACAAAAGACACAAGAGGCAGAAUCUUUGAAAUUAGGAUUGCAACAAGCUGAAAAAACUCUUUCAUCUGCUAAAAGUCUAAUUGGAAAAUUGGGAGGAGAAAAAGAUCGAUGGGAAAAACAAGUGGAUGCCCUCUCUAAGGAAAUGAAGGAAAUGCCAUACCAAGCGUUGUUAGCAAGCGCAUUCAUGGUUUACCUUCCUGAUGCACCUGAGAAUAUUAGACAAGAAUACAUUGAAAAAUGGAAACCACUGGUGGGGCUUAAACAAUUUGACUUUAGAUCUUUUAUGAGCACUGAAAGCGAGAUGUUGAAGUAUAAGAGUGAAGGACUACCUGGAGAUGAAUUAUCCACAGAAAAUGCCAUUGUAAUACUUGAGAGCAUCAAACAUCCUCUCGUUAUUGAUCCUUCAAAGCGAGCAGUUGAAUGGUUAAAGACGCACUUGAUGAACAAGAGCGUUGAGUGUACAACUCCAAAUGACACCAAAUUCAGCACAACAUUGGAGCUAUCAGUAAGAUUUGGCAAAACAUUGAUCAUUGAAGAGGUUGAUCAUAUUGAUCCAAUUCUUUAUCCAUUGCUUAGAAAUGAGAUUAUUGUUCAAGGAACUAGAAAGUCAGUUGUAGUUGGAGAGAAAACUGUGGACUAUAGUGAUGACUUCAAGUUAUACUUGAUCACCAGAAAUCCUAAUAUCAUGUUAUCUCCCGAUUCUUCACCACUAGUGACCGUUGUGAACUUUACAGUCACUAAAUCAGGUCUUGAAGGUCAAUUAUUGAGCCAAACUCUUCAACAUGAAAAUCCAGAAAUUGAACAAAAGAAGAGCAUGCUGCUCAAGAAAGAGGAAGAAAAUAAGAUACAGUUGAGCGAAUUGGAAAAACAAUUGCUGAAUGAGCUUGCUUCUUCGAAGGGUAACCUUUUGGAAAAUGAAUCUCUCAUUACCAAGUUGGCAGAAAUUAAGAAGAAGAGUCAAAGUAUUAUGAGCAGCUUGGAGGAGUCAAGUAAGAUUAUGCAAGAUUUAGAAACCAAGCGAAAUCAGUACAAACCUUUUGCAGAAAUGGGAAGCACUCUAUUUUUCAUCAUGUCAGACAUGAAGAACAUCAACACUAUGUAUCAAUUCAGUCUUUCUUCCUUUAUCAAGUUAUUUGAUCAUGCGUUAACUUCAAAACUUGAUAAGGCAUCCGAUGUGAACUUGCGUAUGACUUUGUUGAAACAAGAGCUUCAAAAGAUUGCAUUCAAUUAUGUUACCAGAUCAUUGUUUAAAGCUGAUAGACAAUUAUUUGGUAUGCACAUGGUACAUGGCUUAUUCCCCUCACUAUUCACUCCACAACAAUGGGAUUUCUUUAUCGGUAACAUGGUUGUUAAAGAACAAUCGUCUAUUGGACAAGCACCAACCUGGAUCCCAACUGACAGAGUCAAAGCUUUCCAACUUCUUCUUUCUGUACUACCAGAGGUGUCCUCCAAACUUCAAUUCAACAACGCAGAGAAAUGGAAGUCUUGGCUUCUUUCAAAAGAAGACGCUAUCAAGUCGUUCCCUGUCAAUGAUAGCUCCAUUUCUUAUGCAGACAAACUAAUUGUCAUCAAAACUCUACGACCAGAUCAAUUGUACUUUGUCAUCUCUGACUUGAUCAUGAAAACAUUGGACAUCAAGUCAACAGCUGCAUCCUUAAAACUUGCCAACAUUUACAAACAAGAAAGUAGUUGUAUGGAACCUAUUCUUUUAAUAACUACUACAGGUGCUGAUCCUUCUCAAGAGCUUAGAGAGAUGGCUCUCGAAACUGUUGGUGACGCUAACUUUAUUGAACUUGCUAUGGGUCAAGGUCAAACAGAAGAAGCAAUCCAACUCUUGAGAAAAUGUUCAAGAGAAGGAAAAUGGUUAUUCUUGAAGAAUUUGCACCUUGUUAUCUCUUGGCUUCCAACUCUGGAAAAAGAAAUUGCUGUUCUCUCCGACGUCAAUGAAAACUUUAGAUUAUGGCUUACAACAGAAUCACAUGAAGAAUUCCCAAUUAUCCUCCUUCAACAAAGUUUGAAACUUACCUUUGAGUCUCCUCCAGGUAUUAAGCAAAACAUGCUAAGAACCUUUGAAUCUCAAAACGUGACAGAAUUUUCAUCCUUUGGAAAGACAAGAAUGAGAUUAUCCAUGUUACUGGCUUGGUUCCACUCAAUAGUACAAGAACGAAGAACAUACAUUCCACAGGGAUGGUCUAAAUUCUAUGAGUUUUCAUCAUCAGAUUAUAGAGCUGCUUCUGAUAUUAUUGGAGCCGCUAUUCAAAACGAAAAUCCUGAGUGGAACACAAUCUUUGGACUCUUAGAGAAUGCAAUUUAUGGAGGAAGAAUUGACAACAAGUAUGAUGCCAAGAUUUUGAAUGUCUAUCUUUCUAAAUUCUUUAACCCAAAUAUUCUCAACAACAAGGAACCUCUCUUUACCAAAGGAGUUUAUUUACCAGAGAGCAACUCUUAUGACGAUUACAUCAAAUUCAUUGAAAAACUUCCUGACGUUGAUCAACCUGUGGUCUUUGGCUUACCUCCUAAUGCAGAUCGAUUGGUUCAAAUUUCACUCAGUGCAAAGAUCAUUGAUAAUCUUAAACAAUUAUCGACUCGCUCAAGAUCUGCAAAUAAUUUUAACAAGGAUGAAUGGACCUCUAAGCUUGUUCCAAUUGUUCAAUUGUGGGGAUCACUCAUCAAUCAAAAUAGAUCCAUUCUCUUAACAACCAAACGCAAUAAUGAAGUUCUCACAGAUCCUGUAGAUUCCUUCUUUACUUUGGAAAUGGACAAUGCAUUGGAAUUGAUCAAAUUUAUUGAUUCUGAAAUUCAAAAGAUUAGUGAUGUGAUCAAAGGUAUUGCUCUAAUAGACGCCUCCAUCCAUCAAAAUGGAGCUUCUUUAAUGAAUGGCAUCAUACCAGAGAGAUGGCAAUUAAGAUGGGAAAAUGGACCAUUCAACAACGUGACUGCUUGGAUCAAUGAAGUUAUUUCCAAGACUCUCAAAUUACAUGAUUGUUGUAUGCUCAUUUCACAAGGCAAACUGUACUCAAAACCCAUUGAGCUCAACAACAUGUUCAAUCCUCACAUCUUCUUCAAUGCUCUCAAACAACAAACAGCCAGAAAGUCUGGAUUGCAAUUAGAUGAUUUGACUGUGUUGAGUGCCUCAUGGGGAUUGAAGAAUUUAUCAGGAGUUUCCAUCAAGGUAGGAGUUAAGGGUAUUGCCAUUCAAGGUUCAGAAUUUGAUGGGCAAACAUUGACGACUAUUACAUCCGAUUCUGCGCCUGCACUAUCUCAAUUACCAGCUUGUGAAGUAUUUUGGGCAACGGAAAAACAAAUGGAUGAUCUUCGACAAAAGAAGGAAAUGUCUGCUGUGACUCUUCCACUUCCUAUUUAUUACUCAACUAACAGAGAAUUUACCGUAGCUGAAUUGCACAUGCCUUGCAACUCGACCGCAGAUGUUGACAAGUUUGUGUUGACGGGCACUGCCAUUUUUGUUGACAAUAAUUCACAAUAA